AUGCACAUUGGUAUCACGCAGCUCCCGGCCGUCGUCGCCUUCCUCGACCUCGUUUCACCGUUGCAGACAAGCUUCGUCUUGCUCUGCUGCACGGGCUUGCAUGCGUACGGGUCGCUCGUGCUGUUGCAGUCGCGCCGACGCAUCAACCUCAUUACGAGCCAGCUCCGGCACUUGAGUCCGCUCGGUCGUCGCCACAAAGCCAUGUCGACGACGCCUCGUCGGACGCGGACGUUCCGCUUUGGUAGCUUCUUUCGACUACGUCUGCACCCGGCCGAAGUCGCCCCCGAUCUGCAGGCACCGCGCAUGGAGCGCUUUGCGCUUUCGUGGAAGGCGCGAUUCGUGCAAGUUCAAAUGGCCUGUGAAGGCGCAUACGCCCGGUUUUUCGGCCCCAAAGGCGUGUUUAGCCGAACAGGAUCACUGUACGAGGUCCGCAUCUUUCUGCGGCAAGCCAUCGCCGUGCCGCUUCAAGUCUACCGUGGCGCCAAGUGGAGUGCGAACGUCGAGAGCCCGUGCGUCGUUUUGUAUGGCCUCGUCCUCGCGCUCGAGUGCAUGCUCGUGCCGCCGUUAAUCGCGUGGAAUUUCUACAAGUACGCGGACCCUAACCAGCGCGAUCAGUGCCGCAAGCUGCGCGUGUACAUCUUGACGCUUGCGAUCGCAUUUGACUUGGUGCUGGGCAUUUGCCUCCCGAUCGCGAUCGUCGCCCCAGUGCUCGUGGCCUGUCUGCGCAACCCGAGCAUUCUCACCAACCCGACGUUUGACGUUUACGCCGUGUCGGUCAUCAAAGCCUUUAUGGUGGCGUCGCUAUUAGAACUCGCGGCAUUGGUCGCGCCACUCGUGCUCAUUGCCAUCAGCGUGCGCAGCCUCCAUGACGCGAUCGUGUCGACGUUUCUCUGGGAAAGCAUCGUGACGGCGGCGUCGCCCGGGAGCCACUUUGAGAACCUCCAGCGCUAUCUGACGCUGGGCGACUUGGACGGACGGGUGCCCUCCAAGUGGCUUCAGCGACACGGGACCACACGCCACAAAAAGACGCGCGAGCUCAAUGCGUCCUCGUUGUUUGCACGACUCGGUCACAAGUCGACUGGGCACUUUACGCCCGUGUUGCCCAUGAUCCAAGACUCGAGCCCGACGCUCGAGCUACUGCACCACACGCUAGGGUACGCGCGCGACCACGUUGGUCGAUCGCUUCUCUUUCUUGGCGCGACGGUUGUCGGCAGCGUUCUUGGCUCGCUCGUGCUCACGAUUGUCCUGCGGGCGUCGCUGACCAACGAGUGUGUUGGUCCGACAGCGCCGCCGUACGUUGCGUGCUUGCUACCGCUGCGCCCGUGGCGCCUCGGGUGGGAUCAAGUCUGCGUCUGCCAAGCCGUCGAGAUUCUCUGCCCGCCCCAGAUGACAGAGUCGCUCGACGAGAUCCUAACAAAGCUUACGGCGCCAGAUGUCCGUCUACUCUCGCUGGACGCUUGUGCCUUUGAGACGGCGCCACGAGGACUCGGCCAGCUGCAGCAACUGUGGGGCCUCCGCGUUCGGGGCGCCGGCUGGAAUGCGACCGACCCGGGCCUUGACUUGACAACGCUGCGCCAUCUCGUGUACUUUCAGGUGCGCCUCAACGCGUGGAGAGAGGUGCCAUCGCUCUUGUCCCGCCUUCCGCCGCAUCUGUUUGUGCUGGAUGUCGGCGAAAUGGCGCUGACGAUUUGGCCAACUUGGGUCUCAGCAGCAUGGACGAAUGUGCAGCAGCUCAUUCUAGUGAGCAAUCAUCUGACGUCGCUUCCUGCACCGCUCUUGGGUCUCUCGAGUCUUCUCUCGCUCGACUUGACCAACAACUCGAUACUGUCGCUCCCGAGUUUGCCUUGGUCCACUUGGCCCCAACUGAGCCGUCUUCGACUCGCCAGCAAUCGACUCGAUGCAUUCCCUAUUUCAUGGUUCACGGCCUUGCCGGAGCUCUCGACUUUGACGCUGGCGGAGAAUGCGCUGCGCACAUGCGACGUGCCGCCUCGUUCGCUGCGCUUGUAUACAUUGGACGGUAACCCGUGCUGCGCUGCGAGCGAGUCGUUCCCAGCGUGCCACUCGAGCUGCAGUCCGCUCUGCGAUGCCGAGUACGCCGCGUCGCCUAUCUGCAACGCAUUUUGCCCGCGUUCGUGCCAAGCAUGCGAAUCUGCCUCGUCGUAA